AUGGAUGCUUUGCCUCUGAAUUUGCCCUGCCGACCCCAGGAAGACUUAAAUGACGCUCUCAAAGAUGCUGUCACCGACAAAGUACAUGGCUUGGUGGCUCUAUUGCUCGAACACGGAGCUCAAGUGACUGAGGCCGUUUUUCGCCGAGCCUGCAAUAGCAAUGACCUUGUUGUAUUCCAAGCCUUUCUUGACCAUAGAUGGGAUAUCAAUUCAAGACCAUUUGGGGAGCCUACAUUACGGUAUGAGGCAUUGCCUGAUCUAGAGCGACUACUGAUUCAUCCAAACAAGUCUGAUGAUACAAAACGAGGCAGUCGUACUCUGGUUCUUAGAACAUGGGGCAGACUCGAAGCUACCUGGCACUCGGGGUUCCACGCGCCUUAUGACAGCGGCUAUAGUGGGUACAUUGGACAAAACGAAACUUCUAGUGACAAUGGCGUGGACAUCAAUAGACAGGAGCCUAGGGGCACUGCAUUGCAUAUUGCCGUCGAUAUAGGCGAUCCAGUCCUAAUGCGAUGGUUAUUGGAUCAUGGAGCGGACCGUGAAAUUCAGACCGUUGACGGCUUGACUGCCGCCGAUUGGGCGAAGGAGAUUGAGGAAUUGGAAAUGCUGAAGCUGCUACAGGAUCAUAAGUAG